AUGAGCAGCGCCCCCGCGCCGGGCCCGGCGCCCGCCAGCCUCACGCUCUGGGACGAGGAGGACUUCCAGGGCCGCCGCUGCCGGCUGCUGAGCGACUGCGCGAACAUCGCCGAGCGCGGAGGCCUGCGCAGGGUGCGCUCUGUCAAGGUGGAAAAUGGCGCUUGGGUGGCCUUUGAGUACCCCGACUUCCAGGGACAGCAGUUCAUUCUGGAGAAGGGUGACUAUCCUCGCUGGAGUGCCUGGAGCGGCAGUGGAGGCCAUCACAGUGACCAGCUGCUCUCCUUCCGCCCGGUGCUCUGCGCAAAUCACAGUGACAGCCGUGUGACACUGUUCGAGGGGGAGAACUUCCAGGGCAGCAAGUUUGAACUCAGCGAUGACUACCCAUCCCUGCCCUCCAUGGGCUGGGCCAGCAAGGAUGUGGGUUCCCUCAAAGUCAGCUCUGGAGCGUGGGUGGCCUACCAGUACCCAGGCUACCGGGGCUACCAGUAUGUACUGGAGCGGGACCGGCACAGUGGGGAGUUCCGUACCUACAGUGAAUUCGGCACACAGGCCCACACGGGGCUGCUGCAGUCCAUUCGAAGAGUCCAGCAUUAA